GCCAACAUGGAUGAAGAUAACGACGUGAAAUAUUUUCUUUUGAGGCAUUCAAGAGAAGGAAAUACUAUCUCUCGCAGUGCAAAAUCAAAAUAACAACCACUAAACGAAAGUGCGAAGAUAAAAAACAUACAAACAAUGAAAGUGAUUUUAUUGAUUUUGCAAUGUUUCAGUAAGUAAGUUAAUAAAUUUUAGAAUAUCACUUUUUUAUCAAAAAGAAUAUAACAAUGUCGAUCAAGAAAAGCAUCCACAGGUAUGUGAAGUGACAAAAAAACGUACCCCAACCUCUCUCUUCUUUUCAAUCCUAAUAAUCACCAGUAUUCGAAGGUUCAACACAAUGAAGAUAUUUCUCAUCACACUAGCCUAUUUAGUGCUGAAAAUAAUAACUUGUAUCGAAACGAACCUCGAAACAGACGAUUUCCAAUCAUUAAGGCUCAACAGUGACCUAUUCGUCGACAAAAGCAUGCUAAUGGACGAAUUCUUGAAAACAAAAUCAUCAGCUUUACUGAUCGUUCGACCGUCAGGCUGGGGCAAGAGUGCAAAUAUGGACAUGCUGAGGAGAUUCUUUCAACCAGAAGUAAACCAAACGGGAGAAACUUCAAUCAAGGGGAAAUCCACAAAUGGUAAACUUUUCCUCGGAGGAACAAUCCCUUUAGAUUCAAAUCGAACAAAAAUCCUCAAACCUUUAAAAAUAGCCGACGUUUCCUCAGCCACACAAUACAUGGGAAGACACCCGGUGAUCUUCGUGAAACUUAGAAACACCUCGGCUGCCAAUUACGAAGAAAUACUAGAAGGAAUAAAAAUUAGCAUUAGAGAAGCGUUCAAAGACCAUAAAUACUUAUGGAAUUCGUCUCGAAUUUCUCAACCGCUAGAAUUACAAAGGCAUUCUGAAGUUGGACAAAAAGGAGAAGGUGAUUUGAGCGUGUGCUUGUAUUACUUGAGUUGGAAACUCUUCGAGCAUUUUGGCCAAAAGGUGAUCGUGUUAAUUGACGAUUACGAUGCGCCUCUAAUCAACGCUUAUCUUCGUUUUGGAGCGAAAUCCAAAGAGUUCGGUCAAGUUUUGAAAUUGGUAACGGAUCUGUACCAAAGCACGUUCAAUCACAAUCCUCAUCUGCAUAAAGGUCUCCUCUGUGGUACGGUUAAAGUAUCGUUAUGCAAUAGUACAUCAAACAUGGGAUUCAAUCAACUCGAUAUCAGCACAUUGCAGCAUCCAAAAUUCUCUGAUCACUUCGGAUUUACGCGACCAGAAGUUCAAACUUUGCUACUUCAAGUACCCGCAGCUUCAGAAAACAUUAGAGAAAUUAAUGACUGGUACAGCGGGUACAUUUACGAUCAUACUCCGGGAGUGUACUAUUACAAUUCAAGAUCGAUAAUUCGAUGUUUGGGUAACAAUGGAACCGUAGGAUAUUAUGGACCAGACACUAACAAGAGCACCGGACUGGUAGACAAAUUGUUAUCUUCGGAUAUCAUUCAGUCAAAAAUACAAGAGAUAUUUGAUUUAGGAUUAGAGUACAACAUUUACAACUACGAUAAUCCUAUAAGCUGGAAUAGAAUACCCAUUAUGGAAACUCUAGUUUUAAAUGGUUACCUACGAUGGAUGAAAAUCCCAUAUGCAGAAACGAAACGUCUGAUCGUGCCGAACAAAGAAGCCAAUUUUUUCUACGCUACCAAAGUGCUGCAAUGGGUGGCUGAUAAAUUCGCCAUAGAUGUUCCAGAAUUUUAUUCGUUGGCUGGAGCGUUAUCCGCAGGAUACAUCGAUCAAUUUGAAAAAAAAUUACAAACGUAUUUGAGUCGUACCACGAAUUACGAGUAUAUUGAAAAGCUGGGCGAUCAAGCGAAUUCAUUUUACAUUAAUUUGAUGAUAGCUUUGCAAAGAGCAUUGGCUUCCACUCACGUGACACGAAUAGAUGAAAAAGAAGGAGAUAUUGCCACUUAUCAAGAUGAAAUAUUGAUGGUACCCAUAUUGGGUAAAAGUGAUACUGCUAUUGUGAUUAAUUAUAAGAGAAUGGACAAAAUUCAGGAGAGUUUGGCUACGGCUAGUAUCUUGGAGAUCGCAAGUGGUUUAUAUGGAGAAAAGUUGAAGACGCAGUCCCAUAUAAAGAAGUUGAUCAAAAUUGGGGCUGCUUUUUGUCGAGAUAAGGUGUUGAUCAAACAUGAAAUUGAAGAUAUAUGAUAGGUCGAGAGAAAAGUCUAGGUUUUUUUUUACUUUGUACUAAGGUAUUUUUUAGCUCUAAUAUAUGUACAGACAUCUAAUAAAAUAAAUUGUAGGACGCUUUAAAAAUAUCAAAUUGACGAGCCAUUUUU